GCGAGCGCCCAGCACGCCCGGAAGGUCCCCUCUAUGCGCGGCUGAGCCGGCGCUGGACCCGACGAUCCCGCCCUCGGUCUUCGGAGCAGAAAUCGCAAAGACGGAAGGACUGGAAAUGGCAGACCAUAUGAUGGCCAUGAACCACGGGCGCUUCCCCGACGGCACCAACGGGCUGCACCACCACCCUGCCCACCGCAUGGGCAUGGGGCAGUUCCCGAGCCCCCACCACCACCAGCAGCAGCAGCCCCAACACGCCUUCAACGCCCUCAUGGGCGAGCACAUACACUACGGCGCGGGGAACCUGAAUGCCACUAGCGGCAUCAGGCAUGCCAUGGGGCCGGGGACUGUGAAUGGAGGGCACCCCUCGAGCGCGCUGGCCCCAGCGGCCAGGUUUAAUAACUCCCAGUUCAUGGGCCCCCCGGUGGCCAGCCAGGGAGGCUCCCUGCCGGCCAGCAUGCAGCUGCAGAAGCUCAACAACCAGUAUUUCAACCACCACCCCUACCCCCACAACCACUACAUGCCGGAUUUGCACCCUGCUGCAGGCCACCAGAUGAACGGGACAAACCAGCACUUCCGAGAUUGCAACCCCAAGCACAGCGGCGGCAGCAGCACCCCCGGCGGCUCAGGCGGCGGCAGCACCCCGGGCGGCUCCGGCGGCACCUCGGGCGGCGCCGGCAGCAGCACUAGCGGCGGCGGCGGCGGCAACGGCAGCAGCAACAUGCCCGCCUCCGUGGCCCACGUCCCUGCUGCAAUGCUGCCGCCCAAUGUCAUAGACACUGAUUUCAUCGACGAGGAAGUGCUCAUGUCCUUAGUGAUAGAAAUGGGUUUGGACCGCAUCAAGGAGCUGCCCGAACUCUGGCUGGGGCAAAACGAGUUUGAUUUUAUGACGGACUUCGUUUGCAAACAGCAGCCCAGCAGAGUAAGCUGUUGACUCGAUCGAAAGCCUGGCGAAAGAAAUCAAACCCCCAACUUCUUCGGUGUGAAUUAAAAAACAUUCCCUUAGACACAGUAUCUCACUUUUCAGAUCUUGAAAGGUUUGAGAACUUGGAAACAAAGUAAACUAUAAACUUGUACAAAUUGGUUUAAAAAAAAAAAAAUUGCUGCCACUUCCCCUCCCCCUUCCCCAGUUUUUGUUUCGUUUUUGUAGCCUUGACAUUCACCUCCCCUAUGUAGUUGAAAUAUCUAGCUAACUUGGUCUUUUUUGUUGUUUGUUUUUUACUCCUUAUUUCCUCACUUUCUCCAGUGCUCAACUGUUAGAUAUUAAUCUUGGCAAACUGCUUAAUCUUGUGGAUUUUGUAGAUGGUUUCACAUGACUGAACUGCAUUCAGAUUUACGAGUGAAAGGAAAAAUUGCAUUAGUUGGUUGCAUGAACUUUGAAGGGCAGAUAUUACUGCACAAACUCUGCCAUCUCGCUUCAUUUUUUUAACUAUGCAUUUGAGACUGAUUUUUCAAAUAUGUUAAACUGGAAGAUUAAACAGAUGUGGGCCAAACCGUUCUGGAUCAGGAAAAGUCAUACUGUUCAUUUUAAAGUUUGCUAUCCCCAUCCCCCAUAUGUACAGACAAUAAUAGGGUGUGGAAUGUCGUCAGUGGCAAACAUUUCACAGAUUUUUAUUUUGUUUCUGUCUUCAACAUUUUUGACACUGUGCUAAUAGUUAUAUUCAGUACAUGAAAAGAUACUACUGUGUUGAAAGCUUUUUAGGAAAUUUUGACAGUAUUUUUGUACAAAACAUUUUUUUGAAAAAAUACUUGUUAAUUUAUUCUAUUUUAAUUUGCCAAUGUCAAUAAAAAGUUAAGAAAUACUUGUUUUCUAGAAGUCAUUUGGGGGGUGGUGGUUUCUUUCGGUGGCUUUUCCCCCCUCUUUAAGUUGAACACUAUUGACCGAGAGUAAGCAUUCCAAAGGAUAAAUUACAGGACACUAAAACAGGUCAUGAUGAGCUUAAGGGAAGAGCAGGAUUUAACAUAAUUGGCAUAAUGCUUCAUUGUUAUCAUUGUAACAUGCCUCUUGGUGUGGUUUAAUCAAAAGCUGCAAAGUUGUCAAAGAACAUUUUUUUCCCCUUAAUUGCUAUCAUAUUCAAGUUAUAAAGGUUUGUAAUAGUAACUAUUAUAAAUUAUCUUUUCACGUAGGAGGGUAAGCAGAGGGGAGGUGGGGGAGGAGCAAGUAUUUCUAGAAAUAACUACUUACAUGGAGGUAGGUAGAUGGGAAUAACACACUGGAUGAAUGAUGAGGGUGGCAUUAAAUAUAAGUCUACCUUUAUCUCUGGUGACGAAUGUUCUUUCUCAGCAAAGGUGCUAAGGACAGGCACACGUUUUUUAGCUUAAUCUCUGAAAUUGCUUCUGACUGGUUUAUAGUUCUGAGAAGAGGGGGCAGAAUUCCACCUUGAGGUUUUCUAUUUUGUUCUAUAAUAUUCAGAAUUUACUCAGCAAGGUUGAUUCAAAGGUCAAAUUACAAUCUUCACAAGAGGUUCCCUCUCAAACGUGCCCUGUUUUCCAGAAUUCUGAGCUUUUUCUGUUACAUGUGUUGGGUACAGAGCACAGAAGGAUAAGAUCAUUUUAAUUUCACCUAGAUGAGUUAUCAAGAUGAUAACCACAGUUAAGUGGGUAUCAAGCUUCACCUUAUAUAAUCAAGCAAAGGAAACAGUGAUAUUGUUAAAAUCUCAAAUUAUCCCAGUUGGAAGGAGAAGGAAUUUUAUUUUGCUUUCUUUGUCAUGUUUUCAUGACUUACCUUAUGUUUAAAGGAGCAAUACACCUACAUUCAAGAAAAAAUACGGACUUUUGUACUUAACCUCCUGGGAGGAGUAAAGAAAUAGAGAUUAAGACAAAUCUUUCAAAUAAUAGUUUAAAACAGCAUUGCCUUUAGACUCUUAGAUUCUGAUCUUGAGUCUCAUAUUUCAUAAUAACAAUAAUAAUAAAAUCCAGGAGGGGAGGGUUAUGGAGGUGUUACAUUACAGUGACUCUGGCAUAAAGGCUGAUUUAAAUCUAAUACACCCCACCCCCAUUCUAUAACUUCAUCUCCAAGGCAGGCCAUGCAAAAUUAAGAAGGCCACUCCACUGAGUUUUUUAUGCCUGUGUAAUUGACAUUUUUUUAAUAAAAAAGUACGUUCUAAAUAAACAACUUUUUUUUGGUGACUACACCGAAUCAUUCAAAACUCCUUUUUCAAAGCUGAUGCAGAUUUCCCACAUUAAUAGUUCAAGCUGAAGUUUUCUUCAGCUAAGACAUGUCAGUACUAAAUCUGCCAUCAGCAGUAAAUCUUCCUGGGUAGGCAUUUCCACAGUAAGUUUUUCUUUUUCUCCAGAGGCUCAAGUGAAAAAAAAUAUGUUUGCAUACAUAUUAAUACAGCAAUUCUGGUUCUUUUUCACUUGUGCCAGGAAAAAAAGCAAGCUAUCGGAGGCAUUGUUUUUUUUGUUUUUUUUUGCAUAAAGAAAGAAGCAAAAGAAUUGUUUUGCCACCACCCUUCACCAUUUAUUCUGCCCGGGAAUAAGCCACAACACCUGCUCUGUCACUAAAUUCCUCCUGCUGUUCCAACGCCGGAACACGUAUGUGGCGAUGCAGAGCCCAAGGAACUAUUAUUAGCUCCUGAGCUGGUCCCUGCCAGCACAGAGGACUCAAACAGUGGAGCUGGGUUAAACGCACAAUUUCUCUGCAAUAAAAAUGCAAACACACCCCUCCACCCGCCAGUUCUCUUGAAUGAUCUUUAUUUCAUUAAAGCGCCUUCUUGAUCAACAAUUGAGUAGAUUCUGUGCAAUACCUGCAGGGCUCUUAAGCAGAGGAAAAUAACUCCUUGUUUGAACAACCUGAUUAAUGAAACCUGUACAGUGACCCAGAUCACCCGGCUACUGGCAGACAUUUGCAAAACCUUUUGUGGUCUUGCUUCCUACUAAGUUGCUUGCAGCAUAUGGGGAAAUUUGACCUCUGUACCUUGGCUGUUUUUCAAAAAGUUCUAAUAUGAUACAAGAGAGCUUGUGUUCUUUAAGCGUUGCCCACAAAUAGACACUGUAUGCUUGAUUUUCAAGAACAGAUCAAUGAUAAGCAACACCACCACAUCAUAGAUACAUAUCAGAGAAAGAAGUACAUAUGAAUAAAAAUUGUACCUCUGCCUUGUGGCUGAUAAAACCCUGGUGGCAGUAUCUUUGCUGGAGCUGAUAAAGACGUUACAGCUAUGGAUGGGUCUUUGAAGAACAGUUACCUAAUCACCGCUGUUUAUGGGGUGCUAGGCUAGAGCACUAGUACCAGAAGGCUGACAUCUAUUGUGAAGUUUAUGGUCUCCGUGACUUUUACUACUGUAAACGCCUGGGAUAGCUAUAAAUUGAUGUCAACAUUAAAGGCCAGGUCCUUUAGAGCAAAAUAUUAAUCCACUAAUCUAUUAUGGGUGGCCAGCUCUGAAAUAUAAACUUUGGAGUCCCAGACCAUUAGG